AGCUAUUACGUUUGCGAUUUAUCGUCGUUUGCCUCGUAUUACUCGAAAUUGCAUGGCUGGAUUUCACUUUUCGUUUGUAUUUUCGGUUCGAUCGCGAAUGUUUUGAACAUUCUCGUCCUGACUCGACGAGAAAUGCGAUCACCGACCAAUAUAAUCUUAACGGGAUUGGCCGUGGCAGAUUUACUUGUAAUGAUCGAUUACAUUCCCACCGCGUUUCACCUAUAUCUCUAUCAACGAUCGAGGAGGGACACGCUCACCUACGGUUGGACAGUUUUCGUGCUCUUCCAUUCGAACUUCGCUCAGGUUUGUCAUACUAUUUCGAUUUGUUUAACUUUGAUACUGGCCGUGUGGAGAUACGUGGCUGUGGCAAGGCCGCAACAAAACAGAGCGUGGUGCAGUUACAGACGAACUAUUUUUGCGAUUUCGAUCGCCUAUAUUUUCUGUCCUGUGCUUUGUAUACCUCUAUUUAUUAAAACGAAAGUAAGGGAGCAAGUGGAAAUUCUAGAUUCCGAUGGGGAGAGCGUGAAGGCUUGGAAUAAAAGUUUCAUCGUUGGUAACACGACGAAUACGACCCUUUACGUCGUUCAAACAGAAGUGGCGAAUGAUCAUGACAUCUUGAAGAACCUAAAUUUUUGGAUCUAUAGUGUCGUAAUAAAACUUUUCCCUUGUGCUAUCCUAACGAUCGUCAGUUUAAAACUUCUACAAGUUCUGCUGGAGGCAAAGCAAAGGAGGCAGAAGUUGAUCAAUGUUCAUGAUCAAAAUGUUGAGAAGAAAGAUUGUUGUCGAAGAAUGGACAAAGAACGACAAACUGACAGGACUACGAAAAUGUUGCUCACAGUGCUGCUGCUUUUUCUAGUGACAGAGUUACCACAGGGAAUCCUGGGACUUCUCAGUGUGCUCCUUGGCCAGGGAUUCUUUCGGACUUGUUAUUUAAUGUUGGGUGACGUUAUUGAUACGCUUACUCUUGUUAAUUCAGCCAUCAACUUCAUACUGUACUGCACAAUGAGUAGACAGUUUAGAAAAACGUUUAACGAACUUUUCUGCAAAAGCUGGAAAAUUCCCAAGACUACUGGAAAACAAAUUUGUAUAGAGAAUAAUGGAAACACUGGCACAAGUCAUACAGUGACGCAAGUAACACAUGUAUAG